AUGGCGUCCCAGACCCAUCUCCGACAACGCCUUCUGCAGGAUAUCGCUGAGCUUCAGCGCGAACCCUAUCCUCGGAUUUCUCUUCGCACGAGAGAUGAGGAUCUUAAAACAGCUUGCCUGGUUGUUCAGGCCGAGGGUUGGAUGCCGAUCCACAUGACCAUCGAGUUUGGAGACCGAUACCCUCUUGUCGCCCCUAGAAUCAAGAUGGACACGAAGAUGAAUCAUCCCAACGUCUUCAGCUCGUACAUUUGCGCGUCCAUUCUCAACACAUCCGAGGGGUAUACGCCCGCGUACACCCUCAAGGGCAUCGCUAUCCAGAUGCUCAGCUUCUUCAACAGCGAGAACGUCGAGCAGAUAUAUACUGGUGCAAAGUACGGUCUCAAACACUUUCGGCAAGAGAGCUUGGCCAUGAAGCAGACUUUCGUCUGUUCCCGCUGCGAUUUCGACGGCACGCAGACCAAGGCGGAUAUUAGGAGACUUCGCCGGUAUGCCACGAAAGCGCAGCCCCCAACCGAAGACGUCCAGACGGAGCAAGAAAGACACCAGCAACUUCAGUGCACCCUCUCCAAGCUGCCGGACGAGUUGAUCUUGGACACCCUCGAGAACCUGGACUUUGAGGAGCUGAUUGCGUUCUCCCACGCCUGGCCAAGGAUCGCCAAAAUUAUCGCAUAUUUUGACUUGAUUCGCCUGCGAGAGCUGCAGUGCUUCUUUUCCAAAAGGAACUUCCAGAACGCGAAGCUCGGUGUGGGAGUCGAAGUAUCAGGCCAGGGGAAGCGUUCAAUUGAAUCCGAAUUUGACCUGAUCUCUCAAGCAGCCUUCCGCGAUCUUGGCAUUCGCCUAUCCGUCCACAACCUCCGCUUUCAAUAUUGGCUUCCGCUUCCCAUUUCACGCCGGCACUGGAGAUCCGUCCAGGAGGACGUCCCUCCCGUCUUGGAUGCCAUUGCAGGCAAGACGAGUCUGCCAAGUCGGUCCUCUGUCGACGUUCUUGCAGCCUUCAUGAACGACAUUGUGGUACGACUCAACCAAGUUGAGGCAAAAUCGGCGCUGAGAAGGCGGUCACACGAUUAUGAUAAUGGCAAGGUGAGCCGGAAAAGCACCCUUCGCCAUGCGUCAGAGAAAGCGAUAGAGUCCUAUUUCCAUCUGUACCACCUCCUUCUCUGCCUCGCCACGAGCGACGAAUCGCUCGUGAGAGCCGCGAACGCCAAGAUCAAGAACUUCAUGAAGGGCCAGACCUCCAAGGAAGCCUGCCCCAAUCUCGGCCAUCUUCUCGUCUAUCUACUCAUCAGCGACGUAGCAAUCACGGAGAAGAUGCGCAAAGCCAUUAUUACAGAAGCCAUCACGAGGAACGUUGUCUGGAUGCUCGACAAGAGGGGUGCGAACAGGGUGGAACUCAGUUACCUGGAACCGGACAAGGUCUCGACAUUCCGCCUGCGCAAGACCUUCGAGGCAAGCCGGACGUCAUAUCGCCUGUUGAUGUUCUCCGAGCUUUUCCGGCGCAUCGCCAGGCCAUCCAAUGAGAAGAGCCUGGUUGAGGUUCGGGAUGAGCUAUUCGAUCGCCAUGGUGCGCCACCCCAAGGGGCUGCCCUCCAGCUGUCGACCGAUGUCCGUCGCCUCCAUGACAUCGACAACUUUCACGACUUCUUUGGCGAGAUGGGUAUCGAGAACAAACCGAGCGCAGAGUGGUUCACCUCUCAUUUGCGAGAGUGUGUGAGGAGCAGCAUGGCAAGGGGGUACUCUGUGUGGGGUCUGCCGGCGACUACUGCGCUGGCUCUUAGACGUCAACUUGAGCCAAGCGUCGGGCUUUAUGGAGAUCAGUAUGUGAAAGCGCCGCCAACGGCUUCGAAACUUCAAGGCAUCACCUUCUUCCCCAAGAAGAAAGGUCAGCAGCGACAGGUAGUUCGAAGAUAG